AGAAACGACCCAGCAGUAGCGGGUCUCCGGCGCUGCCAUGGCGGGGAACAACACUCCGAUAUUCAACGACCUUCUCUGUUUCUUCAGCGGGAAGUUGCGUGUGAUCUCGCGUCGCGCCCUCACGGAUGCCAUAGCCCAGUUUUACAGCAAUGACGAAGUGAAGCUGGCCUACGAUGUCCUGCAAGACUGUCUGAGCAGAGGCGGCGACCAGGGCAAUGCAGAAGGCAGGGGCGGCGAGGGCGUCAACACCUUUGACUCGAGGCUCGACGUGGUCAGCCGAAUGCACGACAUUCUCUCGCAGAUUUCAGCCAACGACAUGCCGUUCUUCGUGUGUCGGGACGUGAACAACAUCCCCACCUGCAGCAGCGACGACAACGGCCGAACUUCGCCAGAUGAGGGGCGUCUCAGCCUCCAUGCCUCGUCGUCCGCCUUCGGGGUCGGUUCCGAAGACCAGCGAGGAGCUCGCGAGGGGCGGCCGGGCGCGCAGGCAGCCCCUGGUCGUUCACGGGAUGUCGUCGAACAGAUUUUCUCAAGAGGUGGAAGUCAACUCCUCCCUCAUGACGGAGGCGAAGGCCAGGCUGAGGAGCUUCCAGGAGAGUUCGCCAAGGGCGCCGCCGAAGGUGACCCGUCCUGACCUCUGGACGCUGGAAGCCCUGCAGCAGGAGCUCUACGCGACCUACGCGUCCUACACAGAGGUCGACCUCGCGUCCGGCAUGAUCUCCCAGGACAGCUGCCACGUGGACAAGAUAUACUUUGAGUGAGUUCUCCUUUCCUUUUGUGUUAAAUUUUCCUGUAGUGCAUUAUUAUUUUGUUUUUGCUUUUUGUCUUGUAUCAUGAAUAUUGUAGUUUUAUUUUUGUUUUUUUGUCUUGUAUUAUGAAUAUGUACCUUCGUCUGGUGGAAUCCUUGCCUUCUGAGUGAGCAAGGGAUGAGGACACGCAACUACCGUCUGUCUGUGGCCAAAAUCUGUCCUAAUUAUUUUCUGUUCCUUCUGACCAUUAAAGUCGCAGAAGGGAAAAACUCAGUGAAUAAUCAAUUUAUUAGGUAAUUCAUUCAAAAGCAACAGUUAUUGUCUUUGGAAGUCAAGUUCAAGUACAGACGACCUUCGGUUGACGUGGCAAAUCUCGAGGACUGAUUUCGGAGACAGGUGUUGACGCGAGUGUGAGGACCGACCGAGUGGCCUCCGAUGCUCAGGACCGGUUGAAUCGGCGGUGCGACUGAUGAGUGAUUGGCCAAGUGAUAAACAUUGAUUGUUGAUGAUUCAUCAUUCAUCAAGAGCGGGGUGAGUGAUUAAAUCAGAGACGAUAGACAGAUAAUGUAUCCGAACGAAUGAGAGAGAGAUCGAAGGUUAACCGAGAGCCUGCAGUGACGAAUGGCGCUUAAGCGAUAAGUGACAAGGACUGAUGGAAACAGACGAUCCAAGACUACGUGAUUCGAAGGAGAUUCAUUGCUAAUUGAGGUACAAAUGAGAGAUUAACGAUUAAACGAUGAUAUACUGACACGAUUAUGUAUAGCAACUCUACACUGACCGAGUCAGAUAUGAAUGAACUAAUGACGGCUUGUCACUUAUCACAAAUUUAAGGCACAUGACGAUGGCCAAGAAUUCGUGACUGAAUGACUGAUCAGGCAACGCUGACGUUCGACGGAUAAGGUCGCACCGCGCCCUCAGGGAGCCCAGGUUUCGUUCUUUCAUGGAGGUUUAUGGAUUUUUUUCUUUCGAUGGGUGGGAAAGAGUAUCUCAGUUUGCAGU